GCUGCGAAUGCAAGAUUUUCACAAUAUAAAAUUGUACCUCUUCAAUAUUUACCUGUGUAAACCUGCCGUAUUUGAACGUUGAACUCACAGGCUACCUGUUUCUGUAUUUCAACGAAGAUAUGUGAAGAGGAAACUUUUUUUGCUAGUUUUGCAACACUUCAUGAACGGCUUAUCUACUCAGCACGGGAUGGGAUCUCGGCUAAAAGGCAGGAGCUAACUUCGACAAGGUGUAGCAUUAAAUAUGAGAAUUUGAGUAACAGGAAGCCUACACUCUUGCAUGACUUCGAGGACAAAGGAGGCGCGGCGCUUACUGAAGAGGAACAUUUUUAUUAGAAUACAGGUAGUUGAAAUAAUCAGACUAAGGUGCAUCGCCACAGUGAUGUGACUUACUGCAAGUACUGAGGUUAACGCAAGGAUAAGACACUUUGGAGAAGUGAUUUGUGGGACUUCCACUGGCAUGGAAACCUGAAAUAUUGCUCUACAAUUGUAGCCUAUAGUUCUAACGUACUGAGAUGAGGCCGUUAAAGCUUUUUGGUCCAACUGCAUUUGGACUUUUGUGGAGUUGCUGGGGGUUUCUACAAUGCGUUCAGUGUGGUUUGGGAGACAACCAUGUGCAUUCUAGUUUCAUUUACAGGAGGUUGCGUAACCAUGAACGGAGAGAGAUUCAGAGAGAGAUCCUUUCUAUUUUGGGUUUACCGCACCGUCCCAGGCCAUUUUCUCCGGGAAAACAAGCAUCAUCGGCCCCUCUGUUUAUGCUGGACCUAUACAAUGCCAUGUCGACAGAGGAGGAAGACGCGACACUGGAAGGGACCGGGAAAGGGUCCCCAGGAAAGACCCCGGGAAGUUCGCGUAAAGGGUUCUACGGCUCUCCACAUGGAUACUCCCGCGCGGCUCAGCCGUAUCGCUCUGCCCCUCUUACUAGUCAAAGUCCCCCACUGGCUACCUCACACGACACAAACUUUCUCAACGACGCCGACAUGGUUAUGAGCUUUGUCAACUUGGUGGAGAGAGAUAAGGAUUUCUCCCCCCAGCGGAGACACUUCAAAGAGUUUCGCUUCGACCUCACUCAGAUACCUGAUGGAGAGGCCGUCACUGCGGCCGAGUUUCGCAUCUAUAAGGACCGCAGCCACGCCCGCUACGAGAACAUCACCCUGAAAGUCAGCAUAUACCAGGUCAUCAAGGAGCAUCAAAACAAGGACGCUGAGACGUUCUUGUUGGACUCGAAAAAACUGAGGGCAUCUGAUGGAGGCUGGCUGGUAUUUGACAUCACAGCCACCAGUAACCAUUGGGUGCUGAACCCUCAGCAGAACAUGGGCCUACAGCUCUCCGUGGAGACCAUGGACGGGCGCAGCAUCAACAUGAAGUCGGCGGGCAUCGUGGGCAGGAACGGCCCGCAGGCCAAGCAGCCCUUCCUGGUGGCCUUCUUCAAGGCCAGCGAGGUCCUGCUGCGCUCGGUCCGAGCCGCCGGGGGCAAGCGCAAGAACCAGAACCGCAACAAGUCCGGAGGGCAGCAGGACACCUCGCGUGUCCAAAAAGGAGGAGACCAAAACACGAGCGAACAAAAGCAAGCCUGCAAGAAACACGAACUCUACGUCAGCUUCCGGGAUCUCGGCUGGCAGGACUGGAUUAUUGCGCCAGAAGGCUAUGCAGCCUUUUACUGCGAUGGAGAAUGUUCCUUCCCUCUCAAUGCCCAUAUGAAUGCUACCAACCAUGCCAUCGUGCAGACCUUGGUCCAUCUUAUGUUCCCAGACAACGUUCCCAAGCCGUGUUGCGCUCCAACCAAACUGAACGCUAUAUCGGUCCUGUACUUCGACGACAGCUCCAACGUUAUCUUGAAGAAGUACAGAAACAUGGUGGUGCGGUCCUGCGGCUGCCACUGAGAAGAGUCGCAGCGACGGGAAACAUAUCAGCGGCAUAGAUACUUAAUCUGAGGUGUGAUGUACAGUGUUAUGUAUAUAUUAGUUCUUUGUACUUAUUUAUUUCCCCCUUGGGAUAAUACUCCUUAUUUUCCCCUUCACUUUAAAAUGUCAUUCAAGUCAGCCAUAAAACCAAACUAUAAUGAAAUGAUAUGUCAUUAGAGCAUGUAGCCAUCUAACGAUACGUAGUUACUAUAUGCACAGAUAUUGUCAUAGCUGCUUAAGUGUGAAUGGUCUGAAAGAUUAGCAACAAAGAAAAAGGCGGACGUGAAAAUUCACAGGCCUCUCACUGACCAUUUCUUACCAUAAUACAUGUAUUUUUUAAUCCUUGUUUUAUUUGAGGGCAUUGUUUUCAUGAACCACUCAAGCAGAGCUUGUGUUUGCUGCUAUGUGUUUAGAGGUCAGGAUCGGAAGAGAAUGGGGAUUAUUCAUGAUUUUUGAAACCGAAGCCAAAUCCACAUUGUCAAUGUUUAAUAACCGUACCUUUACACAAAUGAUUCUUAUUUCCACUAAACAGGACCAUAUGUUUAUUCAGAGAUUACAGUAAAAAGUGAAAUCUAUUUUAAUUGGACUGCCAUAUUACAGAUUCUACUGAUUCUAAGGAAAACAAUGUUGAUGUGAAAUUAAUGAUUUUGGUUCCACCAUAGUGUAGGCACAGUACAUAACCCACAGCACGUUCUGACACAGAGACUGCUCUGAAUCCUUCUUUCAGAUGGGAAAGAAAAAAAUAUCAGCUGAAUUUAUUUCUUUCCAUACUGACCUGGCACCACUUCAGUUGCGUGUAAAGUACAAGGUUAAAAGGGAAGUUUGUAUCAUAACUGAGCCCCUGUUCAUUGCAUUUGUGUAUUUAAAAAAAUAUUUCUACUCCAUUAGCAAUUUGACACUAAUAAUGUUUACAUUAAAGUAUAGACUUUAAAUGUUCUAUAUCAUUAAAAUGUGGGAGAGAAACCUUGCGGUUACUGUAUUUAUAUAGUAGCCUUACCUUAAUGGCUAUAAAGAAUACACAUAUACUUUUGACAUCAAAUAAGUAAAGCUGAAAGAGACUUCCUUGGAUCAAAAUAUUUCAAACAUGCUGCAGAAUAUGUUUUUCCAACGUAGUCAAUGAUCAGAUUCAAAAACAUAAUUUCAAAUGUUCUCUUACCCAGCUAUAGAUCUAUGAAGUGUCAUACAUUUUAUUUGUUGUAACAAAAAGUGAAAGUAGUCCAACCUCUUCCAAAGACAGAGGAAGUGCUGUUUUUAUUCUGUUGACAUUUUCAUCAGUACAAUCAUAUUUCACAAAAAUAAUUCUCUAACCAUACCCCAUGAUUGAGGAAAGAAAUAUACUUUAGGAAAAAUGUAUUUUUGUUUAAUGCGUGAUUAGUAUCCAUAGAUCAUUAUGCUUUUUCAUGAAACGUAUUCUGUUACCGAGUAAUAUAUUUUUAAAAAACAAAAGAUGUACUGUAUAAGGGUGCUGUUUAUAUGUUAUUAAAUGUCUUUUUAAAACUGUU